ACGACAACAAUGUUUUAUGUGGAAGGUUUUUCUUGUAGAGGAUCGUAUUAUUUAAAUUUCUACUGUUUCCAUCACAGCAUUUUGCAUUACCGUGAUGCGCUGGCUUCCCUUUUUAAGCUCAUUUCUGCUAUUUCUACAAUUCAGUUUUGGUAGUAAGUGUCCGCCAUUACCAUUUUCCGAGGUUAAGCAUGGAAGUCUUGUGCGAAAAAACCACAAGCAAGUCGUCGUUAAAUGUGAUAAAGGCUACUUUUUAGGUGGAGGCCAAAGAAACUUGAUUUGUCGCAAUGGAAAAUGGAAUGAGCGAAUCCCAUACUGCAUUUUUGCUGAUAUGCAAUGUCAUCCCCCUCCUCAUGUUCCACAUGCUAACGUUAUUGGUGACAACUUUGAGGUCGGACAGUCUGUCUUAUACGUGUGUCACGAAGGUUACAGUUUGGUGAAAGGCGAUGGUAAGAUGACGUGUUUGGCUGGCGGGAAAUGGGGUGUACAUAAACCUAUAUGUGAAGCUGACGUACAAGACGUGAGAGAUGUAGCUAACAGGUUGGGCAACUCGUUCAUCAACAAAUUGGGAAGUAUCUCAAGCACCAGUAAGUACUAUACUAAACCAAUUAACUCGUGCAUCAACAAAUUGGGAAGUAUCUCAAGCACCAGUAAGUACUAUACCAAACCAAUUAACUCGUUUAUCAACAAAUUGGGAAGUAUCUCAAGCACCAGUAAGUACUAUACCAAACCAAUUAACUCGUUUAUCAACAAAUUGGGAAGUUUCUCAAGCACCAGUAAGUACUAUACCAAACCAAUUAACUCGUUCAUCAACAAAUUGGGAAGUAUCUCAAGCACCAGUGCUGCCCGCGCAUUGGGUCCUGACAUCGAGUUUCUUGGAUUGGAAAUGGUUUUUGUCAUCGAUAGAUCCAGUAGUAUUUCAUCAAAAGAUCUUAACAGAGCUAAGAUGUUUUUAAAUUACCUUGUGGACCAGUUUGGUGUAAAUAAUACUGUUAAUAAAGGGGGCACUCGUCUUGCUGUAGUAACGUUUGGGACUAAAGCUCAACUGCUACUCAACUUAAACAACAAAACUGUGGAUACCCCAGACAAAGCUAAAAUCAUUAUCAACAUGAUUCCGCCUCAAGGAGGUGGAAGUGAUAUGGGAGAUGCAUUUUCGAAGGUUUUUGUUGAUGUUACUCCAGUCUUACGUAAAGGAGCCAAAAGAGCCUUAUUUCUGGUAACUGAUGGAGAACCAACUGACCAGGAAAUUUCCCCAGAAGAAUAUAUUUCCAAUUUAAAAGAGGGAAAUGAUUUUGAGGUAUUUAUUAUUGGAAUUGGUACAACUAUCAACCCUCAGAGGCUGAGAUCAAUGGUUACAGAACCAUCAAAACAUCAUUACUUCCAGCUUCAAAAGUUUGAAGACUUCAGUGAUAUCAUAUGGUUUAUCAAAAACAAACCGACGGAAGCUCCUCCACCAGGGCCAGAGAAGUGUGGUUAUCUUCCAGAGAAGGAUGAAGAAGUCAAGGAAGAAAACCCAAACAUUUUGGAUGAUUGGCCAUGGAUUGCUACCAUCUACACAAACAUAGGGAUGGCCAAAAAUAACAUGUCGGGAGAAAUAGGACUUUGCGGUGGAGUUCUGUUGUGUGACCAAUGGGUGCUUACGGCAGCAAGUUGUUUACAUACAUUUGAUAGAAGAGCCAUGGUGGCCGUGGACAUGAAACAAGUGUUUGUGGUUCUUGGAGAAAACGUCCUGACAGAGGAAGAUCAAACUCAAAGGAACUUCUACGCUAAACAAAUUAAACUUCAUCCAAAUUACACGAUGAGCCAUGAACAUGACUUAGCUUUAAUAAAGUUAAAUGAACCUGUUCCUUUGAACGUCAUCUAUCGUCCCGCUUGUCUUCCAGACCAAAAACGUCUGCUUCCCUUAUCGGAAGAUAUGCGAAUUAGCGUAGAACUUGCCGGUUGGGGAGCUCCAGUAUUUGACGAGAACGAGGACAUUUACGGAAUUACAGCUGCAACUGCGAACAAUAAGCUGUCCACAGUAAAUUUACGUCUUGCAGAUCACUUGAUAUGUAAAGACAAGAUAAGGGACAUUCCCGUGAGCUCCCACAUGUUCUGCGCAGGAUUCGAGUAAGUAAUUGGGAACAGAUUCCAGAAAAA